GCCGCCACCGCAUCAUCAGUCCGCGUCGGAGAGUUGCCCGCGACGCUUGUCUGCGAGCUCGAUCCCUCAGAUACGCUGCUGGUUUACGGCGUGCCGUAACACGACACGUUUGGAGGGACCGCCGCUGCUUUUAAGUGUACCUGGUGCUCUGUGAACUCUGGAUACUGUGCUUUAAGUGUUGUGACGAUGUAUAUGUGCUGAUUUAUCCUGUUCCCGUCUAUCGCCUCUAGGAUUUCUUCGACAACGCACCCAGUUCCGGAUCAGCUCAGCCGAUCAACGUGAUGAAAGUAGUGAGUCUACAAUUGCCGUCGGGGCCCAGUAUGGAGCGGCUACCGCUGCCAUUUAGCCCAACGGAACUAUUAUGGCGGUAUCCACUACCGUGGGCGCCGCCGCCCCCGUCACCCCUUGGUGAUACGAAGGCACAGCUCCCCGCCGGCCUUCCGCCAGAACCAAGACUAUGGACACGUGAAGAUGUAGCAGUUUUCUUAAAAUGGUGUGAAAGAGAAUUUGAUUUGCCCAAUUUUGAUAUGGACCUCUUUCAAAUGAAUGGAAAGGCACUAUGCCUUUUAACUAAAACCGACCUGGGCGAACGUUGCCCCGGCGCCGGCGAUAGAUUCCUACGAAACCCUACGGAACUUAAAAACAUAAAAAACAUCUCUCUGCUGAGGCAGCAAAUGAGUCCAACUCGGGUGGCGCCGCAGCCCGUAGUUAAGACUGAGAUGAAAGAAGAACGUUGCGAGGAUGAGCAUGUGGAAGAAGACAUGCCCACAGAUCUGAGUAUGGCCGCGUCGGAGCCGUGGCGCAAGCGCGCGCGCCCCGACCCCGCGCAGUCCGCCGCGCAGCACGCCGCCCAGCACGCCGCGCACGACAAGCACCGCAUCAGCGCCCUCAUCGGCGACACUAUGAUGCUCAAACGUGAAUCUGAAUACAACCCUGAACAUUACGCACUUAAUUUAAAAAGUGAAAAAUGUGAACAAUGAUUUACGCUAGAGUAUACCGUGGGACACGACAGUGCGAUACGUUUUACGUGAAUAAUUUAUGUGUGAACAACUCCACCCUACAACCUCUAGUCGAAUUCCUCUCAGAAAGGAUAUUUUAUUAGUCUUCCUAUUAUUAUCAUGUUAUACAUGAGAAAUGGUAAAAUUUUAUGAGAGAUCAAUCACUGAGAGUACUUUGACAGGUUCGGUCUUUGGAGUUAUACAGGGUAUGGACCUUAAUGCCUUUGUGCCAAGUGAUUUUAUCAAAUAGUGUCAAUUAAAACUUAGUUAGCAAAAGGGACGAAAAUGUAUAAGUGUUAGAGAUAGAAUGUAAUUAAAUAAUGUGUGCAAUGGAACAUUGACAUUGGACGCUGAGUGCAUCUCGCCGCAACUAAUGAGAUGUCCCGUUGCCAAAACUCAAUGUGGACGCCGCGUACCAAUACGCAUUCGUCUUUGCAUUUUUGUAAUUUAAUUAGUUUUAUGUAUGAUUUUAUUUUUGUUUUGAAAAUUGCUAAGGAGAGUACAUAACUGAGUUAACUGUUUGAAAAAAUUUAUCACCACAUUGUUGUCUUCCAUUGAUUUAUUUUUGGCAAACAUUUCAAUUGUAGCUUGUGAAAGAUUUUAUUAUAAUGUAAGUGCUACCACAUCAUUAUUUGGCAACUAUGAAGGAAUCGUGAAAUAAUAUUUUGGAUUCUCUUAAAAGACAAUAACUAUGACUAUCGUAAUACCUAAUUAUUGCCUUGAAAUAAUUCAAAAAGGACUCCACUGUGAUAAAAUAUAAAGUGGUAGACAUGUAGUAUAUGCUAGGGGUUUUACUCAAUUAUUUCCAGCUACAAUUUUCUGUGAUCUCUUUUAUCAAUAUAGGUAAAUGUCAUAGAGUAAAAUAUUGUGUUUUGUAAAUAUUAGUCUGCUAAGAUUUAGAUUAAGAAACCUACUAAAGAGAGUAUGUAUGAUUUGUAAAACAAAAAGUGGAGCUUUAUCAAAGUACCUAGAUAUCAGUAAGUACUAUAACAACUGAGUUUGUAUUUUUUACAUUUAUUUCUACUUGGCAUGUGAUUGUCAUAAUUUCCAACUAGUACACAAUCGAAACAUGUUUCGAAAAAUAUUGUGUCACUUUGAUUAUAAUAACUUAAAAUAAAUGAAAAUAAUGUUAUCAGAAA